AGAAUCCUCGUCUUUUUCGUCUUCUUCUUCUCCGUUUGGUUCUGCAACUCACACUCUGGUUCAAAUUGAAAGGAUUGCAAUAAAGUAAAAUCUGACAAUAUGGAAGAGAACAAAGAGCAAAUUGUGGAUGUUGGAUCCGUGGUUGAAGCUGUUUCUGCUGAUGACGGUGAUGCCCCUCUUUACAACCUCGAAAGUCUUUGCAUGCGUUGUGGUGAAAAUGGGAUUACAAGAUUUUUAUUGACUUUGAUUCCUCACUUCAGAAAGAUUUUGUUGUCAGCUUUUGAAUGUCCUCACUGCGGUGAGAGGAACAACGAAGUACAGUUUGCUGGUGAAAUUCAACCACGGGGUUGUUCCUACUCGUUGGAGAUCCCAUUAGGCGAACCGAAGAUGCUAAAUCGACAAGUGGUAAAAUCAGAAUCUGCUACCAUUAAGAUACCAGAACUGGAUUUUGAGAUUCCACCUGAGGCUCAGCGUGGUAGUUUGUCAACGGUGGAAGGGAUACUUAUGAGAGCUGCUGAUGAACUUCAGGCUCUUCAAGAGGAACGCAGAAAAGUGGCUCCAGAGACAGCAGAAGCAAUUGAUCAGUUCUUGGUGAAAUUGCGAGCCUGUGCAACAGGACAAUCAUCCUUAACAUUUAUUCUUGAUGAUCCUGCAGGAAACAGCUUCAUUGAAAACCCGUUUGCACCAUCAUCUGAUCCAUCACUGACUAUCAAGUUUUAUGAGAGAACUCCUGAGCAGCAAGCAUCAUUGGGAUACCUAGUUGAUUCCACACAGAUCGAAGGGACUCAUGAUGAAGCACCAGAAGGGGGAGAAGACGUGACUGCUGAUCAAGCAAGGAGAGAACCACAUGGAUCAAUAGGAGCAGCUGCUGGUCAACGUGCCAUUGCGCAGAGUAAUGGUGCAGAUAUUGCUGAGGCCUUAUUUCGAUAUACUUCCCCAGAAGAGGUGAUGACUUUCCCAUCAACUUGUGGUGCUUGUACUGCCAGGUGUGAGACUCGAAUGUUUGUCACCAAUAUUCCUUACUUCCAAGAAGUAAUUGUCAUGGCAUCCACAUGCGAUUCUUGUGGUUACCGCAACUCUGAGUUGAAACCUGGUGGACGAAUUCCCGAGAAAGGAAAAAGAAUUACUCUCUGUGUGAAGAAUGUAAAUGACCUGAGCCGCGAUGUAAUAAAGUCUGAUACUGCAAGUGUAAAAGUUCCUGAACUUGAGUUGGAACUGGCAAGCGGCACCUUGGGAGGAAUUGUUACAACUGUUGAAGGUUUAAUUACAAAAAUUAGUGAAAGCCUUGAGAGGGUCCAUGGCUUCACUUUUGGAGAUAGUCUUGAUGAACAUAGAAGGAGCAAGUGGCUAGACUUUAAAGCAAGGCUAAACAAGCUUCUUAGCUUGGAAGAAGCUUGGACUCUAAUUCUUGAUGAUGCAUUAGCCAAUUCUUUUGUAGCACCUGCAACUGAUGAUCUUAAAGAUGACAAUCAAUUAGCAUUUGAGGAAUAUGAGAGGUCAUGGGAACAAAAUGAAGAAUUAGGUCUGAAUGAUAUGGAUACCUCUUCUGCCGAUGUUGCUUAUGAAUCAACAAAUACUGCUAAAACUGAGUAAAGAGCAUAUGGAGACCUUGUUUCUUUUUCCUCUCCUUCCACCCCCAACCAAAACAAAUGGAGCGAAGCUGUUGUGAAAAGGAAUAGUUUAUCGGUUUGAUGAUACUAAGUACACAAAGGAUGGGAAGGUCAGAUUUCUUGACCCUCAUGUCAAUGUCUGAUUGAUUUACUAAUUAUGUAAGCAAGCCCAUUAACUCGUAUCAUCCUUCCGAAGUUAUUCUGUCGUGAAGAUGUAAUUUCUUACAAUUUGUAAGUUAAUUGCUUAUUUCUGGUUUUUGUGGGCCAUCUGGCAUUGUUCCUUUUCCUUCUUCAAAGCUUCUGGAUAGGAUACAUUAGUCCUACUUUAUUGUCCAUUAAAAUUCAACUUCUGGCAAAUAAUUUAAAAAUGAAAUUUGUAAUAUAUAUAUAUAUAUAGAUAGAUAUU